AUGGGUGCCGGGUGGCUGAACUGGGUCACCGGAACGCAAGACACGAUUCUCGUUGGCCUAGGAACUUCCGCCGACGUGAUAUUGCAAAAUCCGUGGACAUUCAGCGAGGCCACUGUAGAGAUAAAUCUCAAAACGGCAUUUGGCUCCGAGACGGUGGCUCUCCAUGAGAUAAAUAUCGUUAAAUUGUUCUCGCAGCAGCCACAAUUCCUCCGGUUUACCUGGCCAAGCCACGCAUGGCUCUUCUCUGGUUUGACACUUACCGCGCAAUGUGUUGGUUCGAACGAAAAGAUCGUGAUGGAUCGCUACUCAGAUCAAAACUCACCAUAUCUCAAGCGCGAUCGCAACAAGGGGUUUCAAGAGGUCUGGAGAAGUAGCGAGAUACUCCCGAAAUCGUGGCACUUUGCCGGCCUAGAAGCGCAUGAUGAACAUUGA